AUGGUCACUAUUGUUCAGCAAAACUCACAAUCUCAUUUUGGCGCCAGUAGUAGAAUACAGCCGACAACUUCCUCUACUAAUGUUGAUAAAGUAGUUCAAUCGGUAACAAACGCUACUAAACGCUUGUCACAAAUCUCAACAAACACCAAUUCAUCUUCCAAAAAGAGAAAAUCACAGAAUAAGAUAGGACCAUGGAAAUUAGGUCGAACGCUUGGGAGAGGAUCAACAGGAAGAGUAAGAUUGGCCAAAAAUAUCGAAACGGGCCAAUUGGCGGCUGUCAAAAUCGUACCGAAAUCCAACUUUAAAAAAUUGGAAAAUCCAAAAUACAAACGUCAUUCUCGUGAUAGCGGAGUUGAUGGCGAAGGAGCUCAUACCUUGCCUUAUGGAAUUGAACGAGAAAUAAUAAUAAUGAAACUAAUUUCACAUCCAAACAUUAUGGGACUAUACGAUGUUUGGGAAAAUAAAAACGAUUUAUACUUGAUCUUGGAGUACAUCGAGGGCGGAGAGCUUUUUGAUUACUUGAUCAAAAAGGGCAAAUUACAAGAAUCAGAAGCUGUGUAUUAUUUCAAACAAAUCAUCAAUGGUAUCAAUUACUUGCAUCAGUUUAAUAUAUGUCAUCGUGACUUGAAGCCGGAAAAUUUAUUAUUGGACUUUAGCAAGAAUAUCAAGAUAGCCGAUUUUGGAAUGGCCGCAUUAGAAGUUAAAGAGAAGUUGUUGGAGACAUCGUGUGGCUCGCCUCACUAUGCGUCCCCGGAAAUCGUUGCUGGUAAAAAUUACCAUGGCGCCCCCUCUGAUAUCUGGUCAUGCGGUAUUAUUCUUUUUGCAUUAUUAACGGGUCAUUUGCCAUUUGACGAUGAAAAUAUUAGAAAAUUGUUGCUCAAGGUGCAAAGCGGAAAGUUCAUCAUCCCACACCACUUGAGUAGAGAAGCCAAAGACUUGAUUACAAAAAUGCUCAAAGUGAACCCAUCAGAGCGUAUCUCCAUCGACGAUAUUCUCAUGCAUCCUUUACUAAUAAAGUACCCCGAGCCAAAUAUCUCAUAUGCUUCUACUACAACUUUGGAUGUUCGAAACAUUAAUGUUAAGCCAAUCGAGUAUCCCGCAAAUAUAGACAAGGAGAUUUUAAAAAAUCUUUCCGUAUUAUUUCACAACUGCGACGAAGAUACAAUUAUUUCCAGAUUGAUGUCGCCUGAAAAGUGUCCCGAAAAGAUGUUUUAUUAUUUGUUGAUGAAAUACCGUAAUGAACAUGUUACUAAUUCAAUAUCAAACGAAUCAAUCACACCAGAGAGCACGAUUCCGAAAUCCACAUCAACUAUUCAAAUCACAAUCUAUGAUGAUAAAACUGGUGAACAAGUUUCAACAACAACAUCAAAAGGUAAAAAGAUUACUAAAUCAACGUCAAUUUAUUCCAAUAAAAUGUUAUUGAAAUCAGUUUCGUCAAAACAGGUUUUGGGAAAUGUCACCAAUAGAUCAAACGCAAACGUAAAUGCAAGUUUGAAUUCAAAUUCGAAUUUGAAACAAUUUAGAGCUUCCAAUUCUUUCAACAAAAAGAAAAUGGUCAACACUCAUUAUAAGAGCCGCAAUGCUUCAACUCGUUCUUUAAAGUCCAAUUCUUCGAAAACCAAUAACUCAUCAUUGCCAUCAGAGCAAGAUGGCGGCACAGAGUUAUCACAGGGAAUUCCCCAACUACAACCACUCUCCCUUGAAAAUAAACCAAACAAUGAAUCCAAAAAGACAAUGACUACAACAGCAGCUGAAACAACAGCAGCUGAAGCAACAGCAGCAACAACAGCAGCAACAACAGCAACGAUGGGAACUCAGUCGCUGAUCAAUUUUGAAAACAUCUGGGACGAGAUGUUUAACAAAGAUCAAGAUAAAGAAAACAUUCCCAUUGGAGCGACAACAAAAACAUUGUCAUCAUCAUCACAAAAAAGGAAAAGAGAAAACACGUUAGCCAAGAGGGAACGAGAACUUGCAGAGCAAGUGAGACUCAAAAACAAGGUUAGGGAAAGAAAAUUGAUAGAGGAAGAAGAAGAAGCGAAACGUGAAUUUGAGGAAAAGAAGAGACACUUGGCUAAAAUGAAGUUGAAACUAGAGCAAGAAGAAAAGGAGCUCGCUGAGAAGCAACAGUUACAAAUGAAACAGAGAGAGGCAAUAGUCAAGAUGAAGAAGAGACAAAGUGCUAAUGAUUUUGAGGGAUUGCUUGAUGCAAGUAAUCGUCGCUCAUUUACUGAUUCUACCCCAACAUUGAUAUCGCUGUUAGAUCCUCGAUCACAUACAUUGGGGAGAGCUAAAACAUUGGCUGCUUCUUCAAGGUCAAAUAUUCCAAAGAGUAAUGAAAAUACUUUAAAGGUGUUACACAAGCUAGGUAUUGAAGUUGCACCACCUAAGAAUAGAUUUACCAACGAUUUCAAGACCUCAAGUUCAAGAAAUCUUUCUGCAUUGUUGAAUUCGGCACCAGCACAUCCACCACUGCUGAAGACCGUAAAAACUUCAAGCUCGAGGUACUUGUCUGAUUAUUUGCAAGAACAUGUAAGUAAUGAGAAUGAAAACAAUGAUGACCUUAUAUCAGUUGACAAAUUUAAUGAACACGAGAGUCUCAGGUCAAUGCAUUCAUCUUCAAAAGUAUCUUUGGCCAGGAGAUCUGGUCAAUAUCAUUACAAGUCGAUGCUUAAUGAUAUUGAUGAGAACAAAAUAAACAUCAACAUGGAUUCUACAGCAGAUUUAUAUCAAAGCAAUAGAGGAGAAGGAGAAGAAGAAAGAGAAGCCGAAGCCGAAGGAGGAGGAGGAGGAGAAGAAGAAGAAGAAGAAGAAGAAGAAGAAGAAGAAGAAGAAGAAGAAGAAGCCUACGAAACUAAUUUGUCACUUAUACCCAAUUUAAAAUUUUCAAGGGUUUCUUUUGGUGGUCUUUUGAAAGCAAAUACUGUUAUGAAUGAAGAAGGUGAUGUGACUAUAUUAAGUCAUACAUUGAAUACUUCUAACACCGUAGUGAGAAGAUCAAACAAAUCAAAGCAGACCUUUGCAGGCUUGGGGAUCAAAGUAAGAGAUGCUAUUAGGGAGGACGAUGAAGAAGGUGAAGAGCAACAACAACAACAACAACAACAACAACUGCAACAACUGCUGCUGCAGCAGAAGCAAACUCUGCAAGGUCUUCCAAAUCGAAACUUUCAACUACACAGAGAUGCCAAAUAUGACUCCGAGGAAGAUCAUUCUGAUGACACUACGGUUGACUCAAGAUAUUCCUUUGUUGCACAUGAUGACCUAGAGCCAUUUCUUAGUAAUCAUAAUUUUGAAGCCGAGCUUUCUAAUUUAGAAAUCUCAAGCUUAAAAACUGCUGAUGUGGGCAAAGCAAAUACAGUAGAACCUAGUAUUGUUGACUCUAAAGAGACUUUAGCUGAACCUCAGCAUAGUGAGGAGGAAACCAUUCAAGACGACAAUGAUCUUGAAAAUUCAUUCAGAGCUGAAGUUAAUAAUGAUACAUAUUCAAUAGCCGAGCUUUCAAGGAAUAGUCUAGUAGGUAGUGGAGGAGGAGGAGGAGGAGGAGGAGGAGGAGGAGAGCCAGAAGAGAAGGAAGAAGAAGAAGAAGAAGAGGAAGAAGAAGAAGAAGAAGAAUUCACCGAAUCAUCACAUAAAAGUACAUUGAAAAAGUCGAGACUUUCAACAGGAAUAUUCAGUACUUCCCAAAUUCAGAGGAGUCCUAAUGUUCAGUUGCCCAAGAGUAAUCGAGAUACCAAUGCAAUUGACCUUAAGAGAAAACUGAUAUUUGAAAUUAAUACUAAUUUGAUAAGCAGUCCUAUUCAAGAUGAUUUCGGAAAGCACAAUGAAACAUCAUUGUUUAAGAGAUUAUCAAUGAAUCCGAAGAGAACUGCACCCAAAGCACCGGGAAGUAUAUCAACACAAAAGCAAGGUCACAACAAUUUAAUAGACUUAAAUCCAUCAAGUUUGGAGCAACGACAGCAACAACAGCAACAACAGCAACAACAGCAAAAAAACACCGUCAAGUGUAAUUGGUUUAGAAAACUCUUUCAUACCUUGACUGGCAGCAAAAUAGAGACGCCGACUACUACUACCACCACGUCAAGAAAACCAAUUUCAAAUCUUUAUACUAGUAAAGAUAUCAAAAUUAUUGAUUCUGCAUUAAGAGCAUCAGACCUUAUGCGAGUCAUCAAAAACCAAAUGGAGUUGAAAGAGCUUGAAGGAUCGGUGACCAAAGUGAGUAUUGAUGAAGAAUUUGGCCUCAUUGCAGGUACGAUUCCCGGUAAAUUUUCCCAUGGACGAAAACUCAAAUUCAGAAUUGAAGUUAUUGAUUUGUUAAGUUCAUCAUCUUUGCAUAUAAUGAGAGUCAAGGGAAACGAUAAAGGUUUUCAAGAUUUAGUAAAAAUUAUAACAUAUAUUAUCAAGAAGGAGGAGCAAAGCCAGAUGAAAAGCUAG